AGGGGGGGGCGUUAAAGCGGCAGCGCGGCGGCACCAUCAUCUCGGAUUGGGUGCGGGCUGAUGGAGCCGGGCGGCGGAACGGAGCGGGGGGGCGGCUGCUUCCUCUACUACGCGUACGGCAGUAAUCUGCUGCGGGAGCGGCUGCUGCUGAGCAACCCCUCGGCGGCGCUCUGUGCCGUGGCACGCCUGCAGGAUUUUAAGCUCGAGUUUGGCCAUCAUCAAGGCAGGACAAGUUCUGUCUGGCAUGGAGGUACAGCUACCAUUGUUCAGAGCCCUGGAGACGAAGUAUGGGGAAUAGUGUGGAAAAUGAACACUAGCAAUUUAAGUUCACUGGAUAAGCAAGAGGGAGUUGAAGAUGGCAUUUAUGUCCCGAUAGAAGUUAAUGUCCACACUCAAGCAGGAAAGGUACUGACCUGUCGAAGCUACCAGAUGAAGGACUAUGUCUGUGGUCCCCCUUCUCCUCAGUAUAAAAAGGUUAUCUGCAUGGGUGCAAAACAGAAUGGCUUGCCAACUGACUAUCAGAAAAAAUUAGAAGCUAUUGAAACUAAUAACUAUGCAGGGCCAGUGCAAAUCAUGGAAGAGAUUGAAGCUGCUAUUAAAGCAAAGAAAAUAAAUUCUGCAUAGAAUACCUCCGCAUUUGCUUGGCUGUUCACCUUGAUUUAGAUAGCUCUCCUCACUGUGCUGAUCAGCAGUUUCUUUUAUUUGUCAAGAAAAGAUGAGUUUGUGCAUCUACAGUAAGCAAUUAGACAUAAUUUGCAAUCUGAAGACAUACUGACAUUGGUAACUUCUUCACUUGAUAUGUAUAGCUUGAGCACAUGCUGAAGUUUUUGCAGAUUUAGAAAUUACCUUUCUGUAAUUGUCAUGUAGUGCUGCAUGCAAAUUUGUGCUUCGUCUCCUGUUUGCUGAGCUUUUUUAAAAGAAAAAGGCGAUCUUGAUGAGUAUUGGCAUCUGUUGCCUUCUGAGGAAUAAGGGCUGCAGGAUCAGGCCCUUUGUUCUUAAAUAUUGUAUAAACAAUUAUCAAGAAUUUCAAAGAUUUUUUUUUAGAUGCAAAAUACUCAGAACUCCAAAGCAAGACUAAACUUUUUCCUCUGCUGCCUCACUUAAUGGUUUAAAGCCUGACCUAUCUGAAGCUAUGGAGUUCCUGUUUCUGUUUACAUAGUUAAAAAGAAGAAAAAGUAGUAUUUUUUAACUAUCUCCAUAUUUUUAAGCGUUAGUCCAAAAGGCAACCCAGGCCUGAAGACAACGGUAAAGGAUCUCAUUCAAACCAUAAUGACCUCCUUUCAUGUCUAUUAAUGAUCAUAGGUGAACUGGUUAGGUAUAACCAACGGAUUUUAAAGAACUCAGGUAAUUCCAAGGUUUUUAAAAUUACCUUUUUGAGGCUUGUUGCUUAUCUAGACCUUGGUCUCAUGCCCAGUGAAAUCAGGAAGUCUCCUGUGAGUCCUAGUGCAUUUGUUUCGUGGCUUCAUUUGUGUCGUCUUCCCCCCACCCCCAGCUUUGACAAGCUCCUGAAAACUGGAAGCUCUUCUAAGUACUCUAAACCUUAUCUUCAUGGUACUUGGCAACCCCUGUAGUUAGUCUGUGAGGGACAAGGAAAAAAUGACAACCUGGAAGAUGUCAAACAACUGAACUUUGGCUUAUCUUCUGUUCAGUGGGGUUUUUUUCCUCUUGAUGUACAGAGAGGUGUAAGAUAUAAUUGGUGUCACUGUGUGACUGCUUAGAUAAACAAAUGACAAAGUAACAGACUUACCAUGUCUUCUCUGCAUAAAAUUUUUCUCUAAACUUCUGCCAGGGAUGUAUAGGUGCUGUCCUGAUGUCAUAUGCCUGUUUCUAGAGUUGGGUAUGGUGACUGCAGUAAAACACGGUACUUUCUGUAUUAGCACUGUUUAGUCUGAACCUGAGUAAAUAAAACUGAUUACUAAAACUCU